CCGUGACAUGCGAUCUGAUCUAAUCAAUUCCGAUCUGAUCUUAUCUCGUUUGAUCUGAUCCAAUCAUAUCCUAUCUCCUCUGAUCUCAUUUGAUCUCAUCCAAACACGUGGCAGGACAGGAGAGAGAGGUACACGUAGGCAGGCCGCCCCUGCAUUCUCAUCUAUACGCAGGGAGGUCACAAGUUGUUGACGUCAACAAUGUCCGGCGGGGGAUUCCGGGGUGGGGGCACAGCUGGCGGAGGUCGUCCAGAUCGCGACGCGCCAGUGUAUGUGCGGCACAUCCCGAAGUUUCUUCAGGAAGUUGGGGACAAAGGCGCUAUGCUGAUGAUGAUGAGGGCGAUUGUUCUUUACGAUUGCUGUCCUUCCCACUUUCAUCAUGCUGCUGACAGCGACAAGACCAAUGACGACAACGAUAAUGACGGCAACGACGGUGAUGAUGAUGAUGAUGAUGAUGAUGAUGAUGCGAUUUUCAUGGAUGCUCGGAUUCAGUAUUUGAGUGAUGAUGAGCCUUACCAGCACAUGAUGGAGAAGGAGGACUUCCACAAAGACUCGAAUCAAGCCUUGCAAGACUACAGAAAAAAACAUGGUGUUUCAAGGCCUGAUGAAGAUGCGGAUGACUUCUGGGAGGAAGUAGGUGAUGAGCGACCAGUUGUCGUUGGAGAGGGUGAAUUGCAUGGAAAAGUUGCUCAGGAAGACGUUGUUCGCUGGAUAGAAGAAGAGCACCGUGCCGUCUGCCCAGACGACGACAGCGCUGCGCCUGGGGUGAACAUAGAAGUCCUGGCUAUGGCAUUUAUGGGUAGGCGACUGCAAUUCCAGCCUGCUCCGCAAAACCAAGAGCCAGGCACGGAUCCGAAUAUUCGGGCAUAUAUCUUAUAUCGACCAGGUCACUUCAGUGCUCUCACCUUUGCAGAUAGUUCAUGGACCCUAUGGGACAAUGGCGGUAGGGUGCACACAGUGGAAAAUAUUAACUCUUUCUAUCACCAAAUGCUGGAGGGUCACUCAGUCUGGCUCAUCCAUCAGGAACAGUAUGUCGAUGAGCAUUUGCAAGCGCUGCACCCCCCGGAGAGCAAUCCUGCUGAUUCUACCACAAACAGUGAAAGGACCUCUCCACAGGAUGAUGCCUGUGCCCUCCCGUUGUGUCGUCGCACAGGAGAAGGAGGAGGAGAAGGCGGAGCAUGUCAACCUGCGGUUCUUGCCAGGGCGGAGGAGGCCUUGCGUCUAGAGAGCAAGAGGCAAAUGGAUAGCUCCAGGAAGGCUGAUAUUGGAUCAGGAAAUGUUUCAAAUCCUCAUGCCUUUGCUCGGUCCGGUUACAACAGUUUUCAUUCCGAUCCCUCAGUGUGUAAGGAUUCAGAAACUGAGCAGGGUCAAGCUUGCAGACCCAGGGUUGUUGUAAUUGGCGCAGGCGUGUCAGGUCUAACUGCGGCUGUUCAGCUUGCUGAAAGCAAGGCAUUUGAUGUGAUUGUCUUGGAAGGCUCGUCACGGAUUGGCGGAAGGAUCUUUACUUCAGGGAUUGGGGGAGAGAAGGUAGAGCUAGGGGCUACGUAUAUUCAUGGCAUCGAAGGCAGCCCAAUUUAUAAGAUCGCUGAAGAAGCGGAUUUGUUAAACACAGAAGGAAAUUGGGAGACGGGAGAGAGCUCUCCCUCUGCUGUUCGGCGUCUCGGCGGGGCGGUUGUGGAUAGACAGAUCGUCAAGGAGAUGCGAAAAGUUUACUCACAAGCACUUGCUCACUCUCAUAUUUGUCAUAGUGAAGAAGAAUCUCUUGGAGACUUCCUGGACAUGCAACUUGAGCAGCAUCUCGAUCGAUUAGGGGGAGUAGGCACAACGGGUUCCUGCUGUACGUCAACCCCUCCUUCCCUGAAAAGGCCUGGUCCGAGUGAAAUGGCAUCCGGCACUGACAACUCGGGCAUGCUUUCAGGAUCUGCAAUGGUGUCUGAACGUGCACUGCAGUCCGUGCAUACGAGUAACUCCCAGUCCAGUGCAGAGGGUUCUGGGGGAUCCAGAGCACCGAGUCACGCCGGGCACACACAGGCUGCGGAGGAGGUAUGUGCUGCAACAGAGCAGAGCAUCCCCCUCACAGAAAGGGCCCCAAAACUCCAAACGGAAAGAUGCCGUGACGAGAGUAAUGUGAAGCUGGCAGGCCUGCGAAAAGCAGUGUUCAACAUGAUGAAGAAUCGUGAAAAGACAAUCUGUGGAUGUGAUGAUGUGGGGCUUGUCAACUUCAGAUCCUUCCGAGAGUAUAGGGAUUUUCCAGGUCAGCAUGCGGUUAUCCCAAAAGGGUAUCAGGGAGUGGUCGAGUCUCUAGCACGCCGGUUGCCAGCAGGAGUCGUCCAAUUUAACAAGCGAGUGGUUAGAAUAGAGUGGGCUAGAACUGCUCAACAUUGCCAUAACAAUAAUGAAAUCUCGAGCGAUUGCGUUGUUGUGUGUGAGGGAGGAGAGAAGUUUGUGGCUGACCAUGUCGUCCUUACUGUCUCACUGGGUGUCUUGAAAGCUGCUAUCUGUCAGUCAAGGCUUGCAAGGACGGUCAAAUUUGAGAGUCUUGAAGACGGUGAUUCGCAAAGCGGUCAAGGAGGUGGUGGAAAAGGAAAGGAGAAUACAGAAAAGGGGGUCAUAGAAGGGUUUGUGGCUUGUGGCGAUGUUGUUGGGUGGUAUAAUUUGCCAGAUGACUCGGCAAAAUCUCUUGCAAAUGACGUCAUUGUUUUUGACCCUCCUUUACCUGACUGGAAGAUUCAUGCCAUAGAACGGUUGGGAUUUGGAGUGGUAGAUAAGGUCUUUCUUGAGGUCAGUGAGGGGGAUGAAGAGGACUUAGAACCAAUCCCAACGUGGAUGGUGUUUGAUGAAGAGGCGUCAAGGAAGCUAAAGAGGGUAGACGAUUGCAGGGAAGGGACUCAAGCGGACAUGCCCAGAUGGAUGGAACGUACAUACGGGAUUCAUAGAACGAGCAAUGAUUCACACGUCUUGCUAACAUGGGUAGUGGGGAAGGAUGCUGUGGAGAUGGAGAUGGCAACUGAUGACGAGGUGGGUCUUGGUAUGCUCAGAACUAUGAAAGCCUUCGGUGCAAUACCACGUAAGGGAGGACAUCGUGGCGAUGUCAAUAAGGAGGAGGAAGACAGCAGGGAAGAGAAAGUUCAAAAGGCAAGGGGCGGCAGUGAGAGGGCUGAUAACGAGGAUGAGGAGUCUGUUGGGGGGAAGCUGGAUGAUCUUGCAAAAAUAGUCAAGACGGUGCUUAGAAGUAAGUGGUGGCGUAAUCCUCUGUUUAGGGGGUCUUAUUCCUAUGUACCAGUGGGGUCAAGCGGUGAGGACAUUGAUGCUCUUGCUGAGCCACUCCCAGGGCCAAGUGAGGAGGGCAAGGCUGCAUACGACAAGGAAUGGGUGUCUAACGGGGACCUUGUUGGGGGUGAGGAGAUCGAAGGCAAAACACAACCUUCGGAGGAUAACCGAAAUCAACUCCUCUUUGCAGGGGAGGCGACAGAUAGACACCACUACUCCACAACCCAUGGAGCUUAUCUCAUGCGGCUUGGCAGCAGCGACCAGGACGCCAAAUGGUGGAGUGGAUUGGGAGAGGUCCAUGGUGCUUCAAUCAUUUGUGAAGCGGAUGUAAUGCAUCCUUCGACAGCGGUGCUCAAUGCGUGGGAUUCAGACGCGAAGUUCGGCUUUGGCAGCAACGACCUGGACGCCAAAUGUUGGAGUGGAUUGGGAGAAGUCCAUGGUGUUGCAAUCAUUAGCUUGCUGUGUGGGUGUGCGCAGCUGGGAGCUAUGGCUCUCGUGGCUGCUGUCAGCAUGGCAGAUAUCACAUCCGAGCAAUGGAAGGCCAUGCUGGACGCAACGGCCGAGAGCGAGAAACCUUUCGUUCAGAAACUUUAUGAGGACGCAAUGCACAGAGAGAGGGUAGCAGAGGCAGCAACCAAAGCCACAAGUAUUGCUGCACAAGUGACCCUCCUUGAGGUUCCAGAAUCGAGUGAUAACCAGUUCCAAGAGAAGCUCGCUGCUGCCGUAGCAGCCUUGGUUCAACUGCGGACCUUAGAAGAUCUCGAGUCUCGUGUGACAACUCUAGAGCAGCGAAACCAAGAGCUGCAGGCUAAGAUAGUCAGCCUCAAACAGUCCCAACUGUCUGCCACCCGUCCUCUUAAUCCUCGAACUACUGCAGUCCUAGUCUCUCACCCUAACACAAUCCUCAUGUCAAGAGCAAGUGGAACUAUGACGAGCGCAGGAGCUGGUGCCAGCUCCUCAAGCGGCAGCGCCGACAGUUCUGCACUGGUCCUAGUUCCAAAUGCAGGAGCAUCAACCCAAAACGCCGCAGUUCUUAUUGGCGUACAAUACAACGGUCCCGUAGUGGACAAGAGGGCGGCCACUCUGUCGUCCAAGUACGACGGGAAGCAGGACAUCACCUCUUGGAUUAGCUCCAUGCGCUCAUACUUCGAGGUCAGAGUUCCUCCAGCAUCUUAUCACCUCCGGGGUGUACCUGGUGAGCACGCUGUUCUUGCCAAUGUGGAAAAGGGCAGCCAGGGUUUCUUCUGCACGUACCUCUAUCACAUGACCUACACUCUCCGGAUCGCCCGGGGCUGCUACCCAGUCCCCUUCUGCCAACCGCGGUCCUUUGCGCAGGAUUCGGACCCAAUCCAGAGCCACGUAAGCAGUGCCACAUCAGCAGUGCCACGUCAGACACUGCCACGUAAGCAGUGCCACAUCAGCAGUGCCACGCCAGACACAGUGCCACGUCAGCAGUGCCACGUCAGCAACAUGACGGGCCUGCCAGGCCAACUGGCCAAUGAGCCCAUUGCCGACUACAAAAAGCGCUUCCAGGCUCAGCUCGCUGUAAUCGAGGCUGAGGAACAACGCCAGCUGGCAGCCAAGGCUGCCCAGCUACAGGCUGACGAAGCGGCAGCAGCAGAGAAGCUCCGACUACAGGCCAAAGCAGACGCAGAGGCCCAGGCUCGCCGCAAGGAAGCCCAGGAUCUGCUGCAGCGGCAUGAAGCAGCCAGCGUUGACAGACUCAAAUUCUGGCACUUUGAACCCAACGGCGACGACGCGACACCGGAAGAGCAGCAUAAGGAGUUUCUCUCCAAACUCGUGACACGGCUGUUGUACACUUGCAACUACCAACAGUCCGAGUUGGAGAAACAGUACCAGGACCUGACGCAACAGCAUCAAGAGUUGGCGAAGCUCCGCCACACAGUGCAGAGCCACGAGGAUGCAACUCAGGCACUCAAUGCCCGAAUGCUGGACCUGGAACAGGCUGUACCAGGACCAGCUGCUGGGGCUUCCAGCAGUGCAUCCUCUAGCCGCCAACUGGAGGAACACGUUGACCACGUAGUGGCAAUGCUCGGCGACAUCAACACCUUCGCUGCGCCGACCACCAUCAGCAGUCAACUGCAUACCUUGAAGACCAAGUUCCAGCAGUUGCAGUCAACGAACGCAGAUGGCAAUCCGAAGUUGUACAAAAUGCCAACUUUCCAACUGGACAGGUUCGACGACUACACGCAGCAGGAUCCGGUCCUCUGGUGGGAAGCAUUCACAACGCAACUCAGGAUUCUGCCCGUCGCCAAGCACGCGUACAUCGGCGCCCUGUUCAUGAACUCAAAGGGCGGAUGCCAGACCUGGUUGACCCACCUGGCAACCUCUCGCGGCGUCGACGUACCGAACUUGAAGGACAAAAUCACAUGGGAGGAACUGACACGGCUGUGGAAGAAGCGGUUCAUCGGCAACACCGCAACACGGGAUUGGCUCACGGAGUGGCAGAAGAUUGCGGUAGUGCCCAAUCCGGACUUGCCAUUCAUGCAUUUACGCCGUGAGUUGUACAAAAGGUCCUGUGCUGCAUUGAGCCAGGCUCUUGGUGAUCGCGAGCAGUACUCAACCUUCGCUGAGAUCAUUGACAAGGCGAGGGAAAGCAUCAAGACCAACAGGUCAGCUGCACACGAGAAGUCAACAUGGCAGCCGACCUAUGUGGAGAAGGUACGAACUGGUCCGCGACAGCAGCACCUCGCUGCAGUCCGGUCGGACAGUGGAGAUAACCCAACAGCCACUCCAGCAUCAAGUGACGGAGAUCAGGUGGCUGCUGUCCAGCCGCGAAGCAACAACAAGUCCCGCAAUAAUGGGAAGGCGAAAUCCGCAUCGCAGGCCGGAAAUGGACAACCAGUACAAGUUCCAUGGGUCAAGUUCGACUUGACCGAGGCGGAGUACAAGGUUCGCGGCUGCUACGACAGCUGCUAUUGACUUGAGGUGCUCGACCCACUGACGUUCACGGACUUCCAGUGGAUGCCCGUUCCCCCGACCGGACGAUUGCCGAAACCGCAUUGCAAUGUGCUCAUGGCACAACUGCGAGAUUACUUGCACACUGCAAGACCAGCUCCGUUGAUGGACGCCGGAGUAGAGGUUGUCGACCUUCACGCUUACAUUGCGAAGAUCGACCGCGAGUUCAAGACGCAGCGGUACGACGACAUCGACGCACCAUUGCUACAUGUACGCAUUCAGAUCGGAGAGGCGACCUGCAACGCCUUGAUCGAUUGCGGAGCAUCUCGCAACUACAUCAGCCAGGACUUCAUGGUGCGCGCCGGCCUUGGCCCACGCGUCCGGAGGAAGUCCCAGCCUACGCAAAUCACGUUGGCGGACGGUCACACGCACAAGUCAAUCGACCGGUGCAUUGACAACGUCCCAGUGUACUUUGCCCCUCACGCAAGCUGGAUUCGGCCUAGCUCAUCGCCAUACGGUGCUCCUGUUCUCUUCGUCCGGAAGAAGAACAAGGAUGUGCGGUUGUGCAUCGAUUAUCGCAAGCUCAACGCGCAGACGGUCAGAAACGCCGGCCCUCUCCCACGCAUCGACGAUCUUCUCGAGGGACUGGGCGGUACCAAGUUCUUCUCCAAGCUCGAUCUCAAGUCGGGAUAUCACCAACUCGAGAUUCGCAAGGAGGACCGUUACAAGACCGCGUUUAAGACGCGAUAUGGGCAUUUCGAAUGGCUGGUUAUGCCAUUUGGCCUUACGAAUGCCCCAACCACUUUCCAAGCGGCUAUGACAACGGAGUUCCGACACAUGCUGGAUCGAUACAUACUUAUUUACCUCGACGACAUCCUGGUGUACAGCCGGAGUUUGGAGAAGCAUGUGGAACACCUGCGCACCGUUUUGGAGCGGCUACGACAAGAUCGAGGCCCUACGAUGUCUCCCAUCAACUCGCUUGAUGAUGCAAGGAAGAAGGAACUACUCGCGUUUGUCAUGGCUCUCAAGCGAUGGCGGCACUUCCUCCUUGGGCGUCGUAGGUUCACAUGGGUCACAAACAACAAUCCAUUGACCUACUACAAGACGCAGGAUACGGUGAGCAGCACGAUCGGACGAUGGAUGUACUUCAUCGACCAGUUUGACUUCACACUGAAACAUCUUCCCGGCCUCUCAAAUCGCGCAGCAGAUGCACUCUCGCGAAGACCUGAUCUUUGCGCUAUGACACAUCAUGCCUUCGCAUUCGACGAGGAGCUUCAACGACACUUCAUCCGGGCAUACGAGUCUGAUCCGGACUUCGCCACACUGUAUGCACAGCUAUCUUCGGAUCACCCGCCGGCUAGCCACUAUCGCAUUGCCGACGGGUACUUGCUCCUCCACUCGAGAGGCAAGGACUUACUAUGUGUCCCACGCGACCGCCGUCUUCGGGCUCGCCUCCUCGUUUGCCGACGCAGCAAGCCCCGCAACCGCAAUCCCUACGGCGAGUUACGCCCGAUGCCUAUCCCACGGGAAGCUGGUCUCUCCAUUGCCAUGGACGUCACCGGUCCGUUUCCCCGCGACCGGCUCGGGCACGGCGGCAUCCUCACGGUUGUGGACCGAUUGAGAUGUUUCACGCAAACUGCUUCCCAAUGGUUUGGACCUUGGUCUGUGACAGCAGCCGCGGGCGAUGAGCCCGAUAGCCCUUCAUUUGUGAUCAACAUUCCAGAGCAUCUGACGGUCCAUCCGGUCUUCCACGCCUCGAAGCUGGCAACAUACACGCCAGCCAAGAGCGACGACUUUCCGGGCCGACGAUCGCAGGACCCUCCUUCGAUGGAUGGUCAUCAGGAAGUUGACCGCGUCAUCACCGAUCGCAAGUACGGCGGCAAGCCGCGGCAGUACAAAGUCACAUUCAAAGCAUGCGAUCAAGACGACACUCGGUGGAUUUCAGGUGCUGAUUUGAAAGCAUCCGCACCGCUGAUCUACGCGCAUUAUGAAAAGCGGAGGUUAGCUCAGGAAGCUUCACGACCAGCCCCUCCCACCCGGACUGUGGUCCCUCCCUUAGACAGACAGCUUCGCCCUCGCAGAAACCAUGUCCUAUACAGUAAUCGAUCAGCGGCAUAUGCUGGCAAAGGCGACUUCCAAGCAGCUCUUGAAGACGGGAAAAAGGGGGGGGUGGGGGGAGGGGGGGGGCGGCAGUAUAUGACACCUGGUGUCGUAGUUCCGGUCGGGGUGAGUGGACGGCAAUCGCCGACACGUCAGCAACGACAGCAAAGGGCAGCGAUGGGUGAAGAGCGGGGCUCGGGGGUGGCUGUCGUGAUACGGGAAUACGGAUCCCCGGCGGGGAGGGCGGAAGGUAGACAGGCAGGGAGUGGCAAUGCCAUGAGGGACACGGCCGGUGAUUGUUUGCCCAGCAUGGCGGGUGUGAGUCCGGAUGGCGCGGGCGAAGGGUUGGCGGCUGCGUUGGAUGGGGAGAACUCCGACUGCGAUGGUGAUGAAGGACCGACAGCCGAUUCGUCGACGACCUCGGGUGGAGGUGCGCAUGGUCGGAGCACCGCGAGACCUGCAUGUGGUACCCGGAAGAAGGGGGGGAAGUCUACGACCCAACCCAAGAAGAACAACCUAUGGACUCUAGAAGAGCGAAGAGCCCUGGCGAGGAUCAGCGGCGAAGAUGACGGCCUCAUGGCCGAUGCGGAGGGCGCUCAUCAGAACAUGACAAGGACAAGGAGAUAUGAGUGGAUCGCGGACCGACUAACGGAGCUGGGUUAUUCGAGGACAGGGGAGGAUUGCAGGAAGAAGUGGGCCAAGUUCCAGAAGAAGGUGAGGGAGAUUCGUGACGCGUGCAGUGGCUCUGGCAAGCCGGGGUACUUCGACAUCACUACGGACGAGAGGAAGACAUUGGGUAUACCCCUGACGUUUGAGAAGCCGUUGUGGGACGCCAUGGAGUGGUACCGAAAGAAGGCUGCCGUCAAUUGCGACAAUACGAUGGCGUCGGAGGACUUGAGGGGGACUGGAUCGAGAGGAUCAGCGAGCGAGGCAGGCUCCGAAGGUGGUGGGACAGAACCCACCGGGAGUGCACCGAAGACAAGGCGGACCGCAAGUGGAAAAGUUCGGGGAGGUGAGUCAUCGUCCUGCAUGUUCGGCAUGGCUUCUGUGAUGGAGGAGUCCACGCGGUCUCUCUGCAAGGGCCUGGACAAGGCUGCCGGGAACAUGGCACGUGCCACAACAGAAGGUGCUGCGCUCAUGGCAGCGAAGAUGGGAGAUAUGGCGACAGAGAUCGGGGCUGUGGCGGGGGCGAUGCGGCAAGGGAAUGGUGUGUUGGAGGUGCUGGUUGGGGUGAUGGCAGGUAGAGGGGCAGGGACUGGGCGGGUGGCCGGCGACAGUCAGGACACAGACCCGUUGGCGAAGUAGGGCAUUGCGGGUCGUCGAUUCCCAACCCGUCGUUAACCGCCCCCGUUUUUUCGGAAUGUGGUGCCUUGAAACCCAUCCCUGGCAUCCCAACAUAAUUUAUGAUAAAAAUAAAUAAACAUC